AUGCCUGCCGCAAACCCGCACUUCAUGGCAGGACACUCGUCGAAGCUUGUGUCCUUCCAGCUAUCGAGACCACAGUCCGACAAGGAUCGGCCCAGAGUUGGCCGUCUCACCUUCCAAGGCCGCAAUCCAAUUGAUACUCCUCAUUAUGUGGCUGUCAGCUCACGAGGAGCUGUACCUCAUCUCUCUCAAGACAUGACGAGAGACAACACAGCGAUUCGUGCCCUGUAUACGGCUGUUGAGGAAUUUGUAGAGAAAGCAUUCCAUCAAUCACAAGUCCCACCAGUCUUCAACUUCCCUGCCUCUUCUGACGAAUCACCUUUGCGGAAGUUCAUUGCUCUCCAGAAAGAUGCUCUGCUUAUUCUUGGUACUCGACGGGUACCACCGUUACCAUGUCCGGCCUCGAGUACCUCUAGCGCUAUAUCAAUCAUCACCUCACUAGGCGUUGGUAUGCUGGAGUACACCGACUACGCAGAAGCGGUUCAAAAACUCCGGCCGGAUAUAGUUUUGGCUAUGGGAGAUGUGCUGUUCGGACACAAGCCGGGCAUGAAACGGAAGGUUGUGAUGGGUGAUAGGACGCUCGCUUGGUUGAAGGAACUGAUAUCUGCGAUGGAAAACGAGGAGGAUGGCACACCAAGGACCGCAUUGUUCGCGCCAAUCCUACCCAUUGAGGCCGAGCAGCAAAAUUACUACCUAGGCGCUCUUCAGGACGAGCUCAGAGACAGCGUGUCUGGGCUUGUUCUCUACGAUGCUGCCUCCGUUGAUGCUAUUCCUGACAACCUGCGUGGCCUCCCUCGAUUGUCUUUGGGUGAUGCCACAAGCCCCCACAAGUUGCUGGAUGCCAUGGCCUUGGGAAUGGAUGCUUUCACUAUACCAUUCAUCACUGACGUCACAGAUGCUGGGAUUGCCUUGGAUUUCUCCUUCCCGGCUCAGAGUAAUGCCAAUUUCGAGGGACGAUUGCCUCUCGGCAUAGACAUGUGGUCCUCUACGUUUGCCAAUGAUAUCUCUCCACUUCUAACGGACUGUCCAUGCUAUACUUGCACGAACCACCACAAAGCCUUUGUCCAACAUCUCUUGAAUGCAAAAGAGAUGCUAGGUUGGGUACUACUACAGUUGCACAACCACCACAUCAUUGACGAAUUCUUCGCCGGGGCUCGCGAUAGCAUACAAAGCGGAUCCUUUGAGGGCGACCGAGUAUUGUUCGAGAAAAUCUAUGCAGCAGAGCUACCAGCGAAAACGGGGCAGGGUCCGAGAGUCAGGGGCUACCAGUUCAGGUCUGAGGGCAAGGGCGGACCUCGCAAGAAUCCAAUUGCGUACCGGCCGCUUGACGAUGGAAAAGAAAAACUCGCCGAGGCCGCCUUGCCAAGCCCCGACGCCGAUGCUGAGCAUCUAGAAGAGCAAGGAUUUGCGGAGAAGGUGAAAUGA